AUGCAAUUUACGUUUCCGGCAUUUCUUCUUGCUCUCCUAGCGAGUCAGGACUCUAAUACCAAUUAUGGGGUUAUUAGCCCAGCGGAUGGUACGACGAUUUCUCAGAGUACACCUCUAAACCUCACCUUCGGCCCCCACCGUUACUUCAAAGAAUCAGACAUAUCCAUCGACGUCUUCCUCCUCAACCGUGAAAUGAAGAUAUCACCGAAAUCGGGGAUUUACACGACGCAAGUCGUGUCCGGAAUGAAGCCCAACAUCGAAAUUGAAUACCAAGGUAUCACAACGGGGGGAUAUCAUGUGGAUAUUGAUUUGAGGCAAAUGAGUUGGCCGGUUCCGGGGGAGAGAACAGUGCUUGUUAAGGAGACCUUCAAUGGGUAUGGAACUGGGGUUACCACGAAUUUUUGGUCUCAGACUUUCUCUGUCACCGAGUAG